UUUAUGAAAAAAAAUAAGAAAAAAAUAAAAUAAUUUGUUUAUCAUUUCUACAAAAUACAAAAGCGGAAUAUUACAAUGGGCCUUCAAAAACCUGCCAGUUUAAUAACUAAUAUCGCAUUAGGAUGUGGAGCUGGUUACGCACUCCACUAUACGUUGACUUGGUAUCGUGGUUUUCGAUACGUACAUCUAAGUUAUGGAAUAAUGAUAAUAAAUGCUGGUUUUGGGGUAUUAUGUUAUUUGGGUUCAUCCUUUGAAAAGCCAUUCAAUUUUACAUAUGCUUUGCGUAAUCAAUUAUACAUGGGUGCUUUUAAUACUGAUUUGUAUUUACUGGAUGGAUAUGAACCAAAGUUUUUAUGUUAUGCACAUUUAUUGCCAGCAAUAGUUCCACUAUUUGGCAAUAAAGAAUUAACUGAUGUUUGUAUGAUAGCUCAGUUAAUAUCAAAUUACUUCUUUUGUGUGAAUAGUGGCUAUGAAUAUGUAUUUCAAACGGCUGCCACAGCUACACUUUACUUGUUAAUUUAUUUCAAGAAGUUAUCAUUUGAUGAUGUACUGAGCUUAGAUUCUAUUGAUUGGGAAAGUAUUGUAAUGAUUGGAUUCGCAUUGCUAUCGGCACGUGCCGUUGCUUAUUAACAAAUCGAAGUGUUGUCAAGAAAUUUUUGGAAAAUAUACUAAAAAUGGUUGUUUUAAAGAACUUAAUUGGUGGAAAAAAUAAUAUUGCCGAUUAACAAGUUGUUACUUCGUUUACAAAGAAAAGAAAGGUUUAAUCAUCAUAAAUUUUCGUUAAAAGUUUUUGAAUAAAAUAAUAUACCCUU